AUGCAGGAUAUUUUCACGCCCGAGGGCAACUCCCUCCCAUCCAUCGUCUUUGACUGCGGUGCCCACCACACCCGGGCCGGCUAUGGGGGGGGCUUUAGCCCGCGCCUGGACAUUCCCACCCUGGUCGGCUACCCGCGGCAUCGCGGGGUCGCCAUGGCGGCCGGGAUGAACGAACUCGAGGUGGGCGAAUCGGCCCUCUCCAAGCGUGGGAUGCUGUCCGUUUGCCAUCCCAUCGAGGACGGCUUGAUCACGAACUGGGACGCCAUGGAGGGCUUCUGGAGCGAUCUGUUGUACUCCCAGCUCCGCGCCACCCCCGAGAGCCACGCCUUCCUGACCACCCAGCCCGUCAACACGCCGGCGAGCCAGCGGGAGGGGGUGCUGGAGCUGCUGAUGGAGACUUUCCACGUGCACUCGCUCUACCUGGGGACCUCGCAGGUGCUGAGUUUGUACGCGUACGGCCUGACGACGGGGGUGGUGGUGGACAGCGGGCUCGACCGGACCCUGGCGGUGCCGAUCCACGAGGGCCACCCGAUGGGGCGCCACGUCACGGAAAGCCGCGUGGCGGGGGCGCUGCUGACGAACUACCUCGGUAGUUUAUUGCGGGAGGAGGGCUACAGCCUCAGCACGGCCGUCGAGCGCACCUUGCUCAACGAGGCAAAGGAGGACCUCUGCUUUGUCAAACACCCGCGGUGGAUGGAUAAGUGGAUGCACGCGUCCCUUCCCGAGGAGACGUUUCCAAACGACAACUUGAGCUCCUUCGAUUGCAGCAAAAAUAGAUUGGAGGUUGGGUUAAGUGCGGGCACCGUGGAGGAAUACGGUAAUGAGUCCAAGGAGAUCGCGUUUGACCUCCCAGACGGGCAGUCCAUCCCCUUGUAUCACCAUAGGCAUUAUACACCUGAGGUACUUUUUGACUUUUCCAUACUUGAAGGUAAGGAUUGGUUAGAAAAGAACUCACAGAAUAAAUCCAAUGAAAGCAAUAACAAACUUGACUCAGGGGACCCAUCGCACAUCUCAUCCUCCAGCUAUGAGCCUCCUUACAAAGUUCGAAUCGAGCUUGGCGAAUGGUUUACACCGUCCUUUCCAAAAGGCAUUAGUUGGCUUCCUUUUUCAGCCAUUCAUAGGUGUGACCAGUCCUUGCAGCCGCAGCUGUACGCCAACAUCGUUUUGGCAGGCAAUACACUCAACUUCCCCGGCACACGUAGCCGUAUGAAUGAGGAGAUCAUCCAACUAUAUCGUGAAAAGCACUCGAACGAGGCAGUGUUGCCAAUAAAUGUCAGAGAUAUGAAUUGCAGAGGCUACAGCGCGUGGUUAGGGGCGUCGAUUCUAUCUCAGAUGAACAUGUUUCCCCAGAUAUCGAUUACCCGAAAGGAAUACGAAGAAAAUGGACUGCGAGUCGUACACUAUAAGUGCUAA